AAAUUUCGACCAACAAUACGUUCCAAGAGGGGUGACAUACUACAAUAAAACCAUAAGAAUGGAUCGAAAUCCAAUUAAGACAGCUCUCAACGUCUGUAAACAUCUAAUAUCUCAUCGGGUAUAUGUUGUGGUGGUAUCUCACGAACAGUCAGGUGAUUUAUCGCCAGCUGCUGUGAGCUAUACAAGUGGAUUUUAUCAGAUUCCUGUUAUUGGUAUUUCAUCUCGAGACGCGGCCUUCUCCGAUAAGAACAUUCACGUUUCGUUUCUUCGCACUGUUCCACCAUACUAUCAUCAAGCGGACGUAUGGCUCGAAAUGUUGAGCCAUUUUGGCUACACCAAGGUGAUUAUAAUUCACAGCUCGGAUACGGAUGGGAGAGCGAUCCUAGGACGUUUUCAGACUACAUCUCAAACAAACUACGAUGACAUCGAUGUACGUGCAACUGUCGAGAUGAUUGUCGAGUUCGAGCCCAAGUUGGAAAGUUUCACGGAGCAUCUUUUAGAAAUGAAGACAGCCCAGUCACGUGUCUAUCUGAUGUAUGCCAGCACGGAUGAUGCUUAUGUGAUAUUCCGAGAUGCAGCCGAAUUAAAUAUGACAAAAGCCGGUCAUGUUUGGAUUGUUACUGAACAGGCCCUCAACUCGAACAAUACACCAGGUGGUAUACUUGGACUUCAACUUGAGCAUGUCAACAGCGAAAAGGAACACAUAAGAGAUAGUGUUUAUGUACUUGCAUCGGCUAUCAAGGAGAUGAUGGCAAACGAGACGAUCACUGAAGCACCAAAAGAUUGCGAUGAUUCCGGUGUCAACUGGGAAUCAGGAAAAAGGGUAUUUCACUACUUGAAGACGAGGAAUAUUCGAGGAGAAACCGGACAAGUGGCCUUCGACGAUAAUGGAGACAGGAUAUAUGCAGAGUAUGAUGUUGUUAAUAUACGGGAGCAUCAGAAGAAAGUUAGCGUGGGGAGUUUUCAUUACGACGCGGAUAAGCAAAAAAUGCGCCUAAGGAUCAACGACAGCAAAAUAUUGUGGCCUGGAAAGCAAGAAAAGAAGCCGGAGGGAAUCAUAAUUCCGACACAUUUAAAGGUGCUAACUAUUGAGGAGAAGCCAUUCGUCUACGUACGACGAUUAACAGAGGAGGAAACCGCUUGCGAACCUGAUGAAAUCCCUUGUCCACAUUUUAAUAUUACAGAUGGUGCUUCAUAUGAUUUCUGUUGUAAAGGAUACUGUGUCGAUUUGCUAAGAGCUCUCUCAUUGCGCAUCAAUUUCACCUUCGAUCUUGCAUUGUCUCCGGAUGGCCAAUUUGGUCAUUAUAUCUUAAAAAAUCUAACAACUGGAACGUUGGCUGUGAAAAAAGAAUGGACAGGUCUAAUCGGAGAAUUGGUUGGCGAACGGGCUGAUAUGAUUGUGGCACCGCUAACUAUUAAUCCAGAACGUGCCGAAUUUAUAGAGUUUUCAAAACCUUUCAAAUAUCAGGGAAUCACAAUAUUGGAGAAGAAACCGUCAAGAUCGAGUACUCUAGUAUCAUUCAUGCAGCCGUUCAGUAAUACACUGUGGAUACUAGUUAUGGUUUCUGUCCAUGUUGUAGCAUUGGUGCUAUAUUUAUUAGAUAGAUUUUCACCUUUUGGUAGAUUUAAAUUAACAAGCAAUGACAACACCGAGGAGGAUGCCCUCAAUUUGAGUUCAGCCAUCUGGUUUGCAUGGGGCGUCCUGUUGAACAGUGGAAUUGGGGAAGGAACUCCGCGUAGUUUCUCAGCCCGAGUUCUUGGUAUGGUUUGGGCUGGUUUCGCUAUGAUCAUAGUCGCAUCAUAUACUGCCAACUUGGCUGCGUUCCUCGUGUUGGAGCGUCCAAAAACCAAACUUAGUGGCAUCAAUGAUGCUCGUCUUAGGAAUACCAUGGAGAAUUUGACAUGUGCGACUGUAAAAGGAUCAGCAGUGGAUAUGUACUUCAGGAGGCAAGUGGAGCUGUCGAAUAUGUAUAGGACGAUGGAAGCCAAUAACUAUGCUACUGCUGAGGAGGCGAUCCAGGAUGUCAAGAACGGCAAACUAAUGGCAUUUAUCUGGGACUCGUCUCGAUUGGAAUAUGAAGCUGCAAGGGACUGCGAGCUCGUUACUGCUGGCGAGCUAUUCGGUAGGAGCGGAUAUGGUAUCGGCCUUCAGAAGGGAUCACCCUGGUCUGAUGCCGUCACAUUAGCGAUAUUAGAAUUCCAUGAAAGCGGUUUCAUGGAAUCACUAGACAAAUCUUGGAUAUUUCACGGCAAUAUGCAAUGUGAACAGUUCGAGAAAACUCCGAAUACGUUAGGCCUGAAAAAUAUGGCAGGCGUAUUCAUUUUAGUAGCUGCCGGUAUAGUAGGCGGUAUAGGCCUGAUUAUUAUUGAAGUUGUGUACAAAAAGCAUCAAAUUAAAAAGCAAAAGCGAAUGGAAAUCGCUAGACAUGCAGCCGAUAAAUGGCGAGGGACAAUAGAGAAACGGAAAACACUACGUGCAUCGCUAGCAAUGCAACGUCAAUAUAAUGUCGGUCUAAAUUCCAACCCUGGAACAAUCAGCCUUGCAGUUGACAAGAAUCGCUUCCCUCGGUUGGGUCCGCGGGGUCCCGAAAGGGGUUGGCCAGGAGAUUCAAAUUUAAUGAGAAACCGUCGCGCCCUUGAUGAUCUCAAGGCAGGUCCUAAAGGAAAGUCACUUACAAGCUUACCACCACCACCGAGAUAUUCACCGGCAUAUACAAGUGAUGUGUCACAUUUAGUUGUUUAACAAAUUUUUAAAAAAAUCUUUUUAUUGAAACUUUAUGCGAAGAAACCUUGUUUUUCGUUAAUUAUAUUAAACACGUAAGAUUUGAAUAAGAAAAUGUAUUAUAAUAGUGAAAACAAAGGGAAUAAGUACUCCUUCAUUAUUGCAUAUGUAUGCGUGUGCAGUGAGGAAAAAUUAAAAUUGUACAUAAUAUUGAGACGGAGAAGAAGCAACCAGUAAACAUUUUUUAAACAAAUGAAGUAGAGAACGUUAAACAUUUUGCAAGGAGAAGUCAAAUAUUACGAUUUUAGGAAGACAGGAGGGGAAUUAAUUUAAGCAAAAAAUAAAAUUAAAGAAAAUGCGACGUAAAUAAUAUCAAACUUAAACUAAUUGUGGCAUAAUUAAACUUAGUAAAAAUAAUUCAAAGAUAAAUAGACGACAUAAAUGUAAACAUAUGGCUUAAAACCACAGAAAAUUAAACAAAAGAUAAAACCGGAAAUAUUGAAAAGGUUCUGAAAAUUUUUUAGGAGAAUCUGCACAAUCAAGCUCACCUCGCUUCGUAAAGAUUCUCCAACAAUUGGCUCAAAAUUUAUACAGAAAAAAUGUUUCCAUUAAUUUCAUCAUCAAAUCUUUGAAUUUUCCAACUAUUUUAUUAUUAAAAAUUAAGCUAAAUUGUGGCUACUAUCUAAAUGCUAAGCAAAGCACCCAAUGAUCGAUUUACCAACAUAAAAGAUAAAAGUUUAAAUCCGCAGUGUAAAUAAAAAAAAAAAAAAAUAAAGUAGAAAUACAUUGAACUGCCAUUUAUUAUACUUAGCCCGGAAGAAGAAAUAAAUAUAUAAAUGUAUUUCUAAUUCCAUUUUUAUGGGACUAGGUAAAUAAGAAAAUUAGAUUAAAUUAUGGAGGAAAUUAAGGAAAACUAUUGUAAUUGACCUAAAACAAAUUGAAAACAACAAUUGUUGAUUGCCAUAUUAGAGACAAUGUUGCAAUUAUAAUCGUUAACGGUUUUAGUCGUAUUUUCAAGCAAUAAUAAUUAAAUGUUUAUUUAUUUAUUAUUAGAAUUUCAUUCCUAUUUCAAAAGGCAGGCUUUCAAUCAAUUUUCAAGAAAACUUGACGUCCCAAGAAGUUUGGUCUAUAUUAUUUGUAAAAUUAUAUUAUUGCUUAGCAUUAACCCUUGAAUAAUCACUGACAAAUGAGCAUUAGGUUAUUAUAAAUUGAAGGACCUGCUUCUGAGUUGACAAUUGAUGUGAAAUUUCCGAUGCUUAUACGAACAAGCCAAUUCGGGAGUUAAAUUUCCUAUCAAAAUUAAAGCAGUGUUUUUGCAUAUCCGUAGUUGUGCUCUUGGCUAAAUGCGGAGCUUCUUCGUAAAAAGUUAGACAGGGGUUAAAAAAAGAAGUUAACAAUAUUGAUCUGUCAAACUUAUCAACACACUUCAAGCGUGAUCUGAUCUGAGGUUGCAGUUAAUCAUGCGGCGCUAGUCUAUCUAUGGUGUUAUUUAUAAGCGUCCGCAAGUUGUAAUAAAACCGCCCCUUUACUUGACCUUGAAAAUUAACAACCCAUCUGCACUAUCAUUUGUUAGCCACUGACUAUCAUAACUGGGCAGAAAACUGAUAAGGCACACAUACCCUCAUAUAUAUUUUUGUAAAAAUCAAAAGAAAGCUAAUAUUAAAGUGCUAAUGCGCUCUUAUCUCACGUCACAUUGUAAACGACGACCUUCUAUCUAAUUAGUAGUAAUUAAUAGUAAGAAAACCAUCAAGACUUGAGAUUACGACAGUUAACGAUUGAAAAAUUGAGAAACGAAGUUGUCUUUUCUUUCAUUGGUUUGGCUGAGAUAGUUAUGUAUUCUACCCUUUUUGUACGCGAAAUCAGGCUUCCUUAUGGAGAUAGCGAUGCCGGAAUGAAUUGAGGAAAAAGAGUUAAAUGUUUUCAAUUUGUCUUAUGGAUCUGGGAAAAAUUAUAUAUUGUAUUUGGUAAAUUUUUGGAAACAUUGUUUCUUCAAAAAAAAAAACAGAACAUUUUUCAAUAUUUUCAUUAAAAGUAUAAAACUUAGAACGAUAAAAUAAAUAAAUAAAAAUGAUGAUUCAUAUUAAACUAAAAUUGCGAAUAAAUGUGGAAAAUAUGUACAUAUCUCUGUCAGAUAAAACAUAUAAUGUAUAUCGGAAAACCGACCUCAAUUAGAACUGAAAACCAUUUUCAAAAUAAUUGAAAACAAAUUUUAAAAAGUUUUUUUUUUCGGAAAAUAUCUGUGGUUACCAGAAAAGUAACUCCUUUCAAAUAUGAAUUGUAUCUUCACUUGAAUAAUUUAUCUAAAUACGCCUAAAUUUCCAACCUGUUUAUGUUAUUAUCAUCCAAAUCGAACAUAGGCCUCCAAAAUAUGUUUCCUCCAAUUGUUC